ACUUACCACUGUUAAAAGUUGGUUUUAUUCCCGACCACUUCGAUUGUUUUUUUCAUAAAAUACCGUAAUUUGUGUGUGUCAACAUUUAGACAUCUCCAAUAGUAAUCAAUGGAGAAUGGAAUAGAUUGCUGCUGUUAGAGUGAUUAGGGCAAUCUGUAUGGGCGAUUGGGACAACAAUCCUAUCACGGUAUCAGCGCAUACCAUCCACCGUUAUCGGGAGUCCAAACUAACAGUAAAGUCACAGUUUCUUACAAAUCUGGCUCGUUAUUUUCUUAUUCCUGUCCGGAUAUUUGCUGUUGCUUAUGCGUUACUGCGUAUUUACUCUUACGGUCUCGCUCCGCUGGAACCGCUGCAGCCGAAGGCGCGUUUUGCCGAUGAUAUCGUCUGCAUCAUCUGAUGGUGAUCGCGAAUCAGUUAAAUUGACGAAGGCGUCCUAAUCCGAAUUCCCAAAAUGGCAACGUUUUCCAGCUCGCCCAUGGAGUCGACGGACAGUUCGACGGAUUCUGUGGAUCUCAGUUCGUCUCGAACUGUUUUGGUUGCACAUUCCGUGUCCGAUCCUCCAGUGUCGACAUUUUUCGGGCAGCUGUUCACGAUGAUUCGCCGAAACAUGCUUCUGAAGCGUAAAUCCAUCAAAAUGACACUUGUGGAAUUCUUCAUCCCGGUUAUUUUUCUGGGUGAAUUUGUUUUUCUGGGCACUUUAAUGCGAAGUUUUAACGUUGCCUACCCGGCUGUACCCGAGUUUGUGGAUCAACCGUUGCGGUAUCCGGGAGCGCCCAUCCCGAACAUCAGUAUUCCUAUUUUUCCCGUUGGUUUCACCCCGCCUAAUGAUCAGGCAAAAUUUAUUAUGGCGUAUGCUACCGAGUGGUGGACUAAAUAUAACUCGUCGUCGAUGAUGUACACCCAGCCGUUUGAUUCACCUGAAGAGAUGGAUAAAUUCUACCUGAACGGCACGUUUCCUGGCGUCGGUCUUGUGUUUCAUGAUAAGGAAUUCAGAAUUCUGAACUAUUCCCUCCGAUUUCCGAAUGAAUUUGUUCCACCCACGUCGAAGCCAUACUUGAGACAGGGCGAUUCAUCCUGCCGGCCUCUAAACAAAACGGCUGUUACCGUUGCCACGCCCAACUUGUGCCUCGCAAAUUCAUACGCGGUUACUGGAUUUUCUGCGCUGCAGAAUUUGAUCUCUGCGGGUUACACAAAAAUGAAAAGCAACGGGUCUUUGCCUGAUUUGGCUCCGGUCAAUCUUACUACGAAGCUGAUGCCGGAAGGACCAACGACACUGUUAAACGGCGGCGCAGCUGUGGCAUCGAUGCCAGCAACAUAUCUCGCUAACCUGCUUGGAUUCUAUGUCAUCUUCUUAGUAAUUUAUGUUGUUACGGAAAAGGAAAAGAAACACAUUGAGAGCAUGAAGAUCAUGGGACUGCGUGCAUCCGUGUACUGGUUGAGCUGGAUCCUGCUGUAUGCCGCGAUUAUGCUGUUGGUGUCGGUAAUCGCCUUACUUUUGGCGAAAUAUCUCAACAUCUGGCCAAACAGCAGUUUUGUUCUACUGUUGAUUGAUUGUAUGCUCUUUGGAGGGAGUGUUAUCGCUUUGGGAUUCUGUAUUGCACCGUUCUUCCGGCGUCCUCUGAUUGCGGGUUUAGUUACGUACGCAUUAAUGCAGGUGUUUGGAUUUUUGUAUCUGGUGGAGACUUUUGUGCCACAAAUGUCGGACGAAGCAAAAUUUGGUAUCGCUAUCCUGUCACCAACUGCUUAUUUCAUGAGUCUGUCGCGAGUAGCUCAAGCGGAAGCUUCGGGAUGGGGCAUUGGUUUUGGGAACGCCAUGGACACAUCGCAAUCGGAAUUUUCGUUUGGAGAUGCUAUUAUCAUGCUGGCGAUGGAUUUUGUUGUGUACUCUUUGAUCGCCAUUUAUUUAGAGCAGGUUUUUCCCAGCGAUGAUACUCCUAAACAGCGGCCUUGGUUUUUUCUUCUGCCCUCAUACUGGUGCGGAUACAACGGACCUUUACCCAGCUACACGGCUAGCAUGAGCAGCUUGUUUGAUUCCGGCGACGUGGAACCAGUUCCGGAAGAACUCCGCUACAAAACGGCGGUGGCAAUGAAUGGUUUGCGCAAAGUGUAUCCCGGUAGUAAUAAUGCUGUUGCCGUGCAUGAUUUUACUUAUGAAGUGUACGAAGAUGAAAUUUUGGCCGUACUUGGUCAUAACGGAGCCGGUAAGACCACACUUAUCAACAUGAUUACCGGAAUGAUCGCUCCUACGGCCGGUAAUGCGUUGAUUUACGGUAAAGAUGUGACCAAACCUGAACAACUGCAAGAAGCGCGGAAGAUGAUCGGAAUAUGUCCGCAGCACAAUAUUCUGUUCGAUACCUUAACAGUGCGCGAACAUAUCGAAUUCUAUGCCCGUUUAAAAGGUUUUUCCAACGCCGUAGCCAAAGCGGAAUGUGAGCGAAUUUUAGAUGAGAUCGUUAUGCGACCGCAAGCAGAUCAACAAUCCCAAAAGUUGAGCGGUGGCCAAAAGCGGCGACUGUGCAUCGCCAUCGCGGCCGUUGGAAAUCCACGCGUGUUAAUUCUGGAUGAACCCACUUCCGGUGUGGAUCCGUAUUCCCAGCGCUUCUUAUGGGAUAUGAUUCGCGGGUUUAGGAAGAACCGUUGUGUGAUUAUUACGACACAGUCCAUGCAGGAGGCAGAUGUGUUCGCGGAUCGGAAGUUGAUUAUGGGGCACGGACGGUUGCGGUGCGCGGGAACUUCCCUGUUUUUAAAGAAUCGGUUCGGGUUGGGAUAUCAUUUGACAAUGGCGAUUGAUAAAGAUGUGGAGGAACAGCCGAUUACGGAGACUGUCCAAGCGUUUAUCGGUGGAGCAGAGAAGUCCCGGUCACACGCGGGAGAACUAUCCUAUAUUCUGCCGAAAAAUCAGAUUGCAUCCUUCCCGAAAUUAUUCAACAACUUGGAUGAAAAUUUGGAACGCCUGCAUGUUAAGAGCUACGGUGUGUCUUUGACUACCAUGGAGGAAAUAUUCUUGAAAUUGGCGGAUGAGGAUACGGGUGAAGACGUGGACAUCAGGGAGUACAGCGAGAAGAUGACCACUGACAAGAAGCGCAGCUAUUCACGUUUAGCGUCCGCAGUUUUUGCUCGCCCGGAAAAAGGCUCUGUCUCCGUGUGGACUAAGUUCUGGGCACUGGGGAAAAUGCGAAUAUUGCUUAUGCUGCGGUCCAAGUUGUCUUUGAUAUUCCAGUUUUUGAUUCCUUUCAUGCUGCUGGUUAUGAAUGGAGGAUUGACCAUGAUGGCGAGGGAAUGGUUUAUUAAGCUGCAGGGAAGCGAUCCAUUAAACUUGGCGGAUAUUGGGAAAGACUUCUUGAAAAAUAAUGGGCGAUAUUUUUUCCAGAAUGACACCGGAUCUAGUUUGGAUGGACUGCUGACGCAAAUGUCCAAAAGCAUCAUGCCAUUUGAUGAUUACCCGUAUGCCAAUUUGCUAUCCAGUCCGAAUCAUUUCGGCGGAUUUAUCUUCCGAAAUUUGACUACUAACGAAACGGUACCUUCAGCUAGCGUCGUUUAUAACGGUACAUCCACCCACGGGAUUCCCUUUACUAUCAACAUGCUGCUGAAUGCCAUUUUCAAUGAAAUAACCGGAAGGGAUGAGACGUUUCAUGUCACUACACAUCCGUUUCCGCCGUUAAAGGCUACGGUGGUGCAGGUGUUUGACUUCAUGUUUGGAUCUUUGUUGGUUAGCUUGGCACUCAUUAUGAUCCCGGGUGUCUAUGGCAUCGAUGUCUGUCGCGACCGUCAAAUAAAAAUUCGCAGCCAGAUUCGCAUGGCUGGUUGCUCGUUCUGGAUCUACUGGGGAAGUGCCUUUUUUAUGCACUUGAUACAGUUUAUUGCGUCGUUUGCAAUGCUUAUUGGAUUAUUGUAUGCUUUCACCGUUACCUCUGUGAUUAAUGCUAUUGGACCAGUGCUUAUUUUGUUUGCUGUGCAUGCGCCGGCAAUUAUUUUGUUUUGUUAUUGUCUUUCCUUUGUCUUUGCCAAAUUCGAAACCGCUGCGGUGGGACUACCAUUUCCUAUGGCCAUGAUCUCGUUUGUGUUAUACCUGAUCGUUUUUAUGCUGGAUGCGUUUGGCGAAACACUGGCUGCAAAAGUCGUGCAUUACAUACUUGCUUUCACUUUUCCCAAUUACGGAUUUUUUGGCGCAAUGAUCUAUAUUGAAAAGCUUAGCUUAAGCAAUUCCAUCGCUAACCAGCGAGGAACGCCUACUCAGGGAUACUUCGAUUGGGAUAGUAAUAUUCCGAUUGUGAUGAUUGCGCACGCUGUCCAAAUCCCGCUUCUUUUAUUGUUUCUGGUCUUCCUGGAAUCAAAACAUUUCAACCAGAACUGGCUCCAUCUGUUAGGAUUAAAGCGAUCAACUGCCCAUCAUGAGUUUGUGGAAAUUCGAACGUUGAACAGUGAGGAUGAUGACGUGGAGCACGAGCGAACACAUGUCAGGGAAACUAACCCGUUAACGGACAAUUCGUACGCUGUCAUGCUUCGAGCUUUAUGGAAGUCGUUUGAGAAGCGCUCUCGUUUCGGUUGGUUAAAGGCCAAACUGAAAUGCAGCAAGGUGGUUACAACGGAGCAGAAAGUAGCGGUUAAAAAUGUUUCCCUGAUCUUCCCCAAGGGAGAGAUAUUUGGGCUGCUUGGACCAAACGGUGCUGGGAAAACCACUACGCUGUCCAUGAUUACGGGAGAGAUUUCACCCAGCAGCGGGGAUGUGCAUGUGAACGGUUAUAACCUUCAUACGCAGACGCUGGAUGCGUUGGAGUCCAUGGGCUCCUGUCCACAAGUGGAUACCAUCUGGGAAGACAUCACCAUGCGAGAACACUUGGAAUUAUUUGGCAUCUUGAAUGACUUACCGGCAGAUCGACGACAAGAAUCUAUAAAAACAUUUACGGAGGGUCUUUAUAUUACUGAACAUCUUGAUAAAAGGGCAUCAGAUCUGAGUGGUGGCACAAAGCGCAAGUUGACCUUUGUCAUAAGUAUGAUCGGCAACCCUCCGUUAGUCAUGCUGGAUGAGCCAUCUACCGGCAUGGAUCCACAGAGCAAACGUAAUCUUUGGGACAUGAUUAUGGAGAGUUUCGGUGGACAGCGCGGAGCCAUUCUCACCACUCAUUCCAUGGAGGAAGCAGACGCUUUAUGUGAUCGUAUUGGAAUUAUUGUCAAUGGUGAACUGAAAUGUAUUGGCUCGUCGCAGCAUCUGAAAAACAAAUUUGGCUCCGGUUAUAUUUUGGAAGUGAAACUGAGUAUGGCGGCGGGAUUGUCGCAGAACGGGCAAGAUAUACAACUGCAAAAGGCCAAAAGUGCGAUAAAGCAGAUUUUGCCUCGUUCGCAGUUAAUGGAAGAGUUUUACAACCGGAUGGUUUAUUCAGUUCCUAAAGAGCAGGUUUCUUCUUUGGGAAGUAUUUUUGCCGACCUUGAUAGAUUGAAGCAAGAAUAUAAUUUGGAAGAGUUCAGCUUCAGUCAAACCACUAUCGAACAAGUAUUUCUGCAUUUUGCAAGGAUGCAGGAUGUUCCGGAUCUGCCUCAUAGCGGCUCCAUUCCAACGGAUUUCUCAAGCGUCUCGUAUGCGCCUGUGUAAUUUUUAGUAAUUUAUUGUGAUCGUUUUGUGUUUCUGUUUUAUGCAGUUUUCCUGGAAACGGCUGUGAUUACUUAUUUUCGCGGUGGUAAAUUAAAUUUUACAUUGUAUUCUGUAAUUACUGUAGAUUAUGUUACCGGUCUUCUGUGUUUUAAAUUUUAGAUUUUACAGGUUAUGAAUUGUAUAUUUUAUUGCGUCAGUCUUGUUAUGAAAGGUUUGCGAAUCAAAGUACCGUAGCUUUU